AUGACGGAAAUGGACUCCUCUACCGCCAACACACCCCUCCCUACCCCUGCCUCGAAGCGGCGCAAACUUCACGAUGACAGCGCCGACGCCACCCCACGCUACGACACCCCCGAGAAGCAGGAUGAGAAGAAUUCACUGCGCGUGUCCAUUCGCGAGAAGACCCUAGACAGCAGCCGGUCAACGAGCCGGAGUCGAAGCCCCAAUAGGCGGCGGGAAGACGAUUACUACGACAGCCGCUCCGCAUCCAGCUCCCGGUCCAGGUCAAGAUCGCGCUCACGGUCACGCUCUCGCACUGACAGCCGGUCGCGCUCUCGAACCCGGUCGAGGUCAAGAUCACAAACCCAAUCACGAUCGCGGUCUCGCUCUGACUCUGGCUCGCCCUCGCGUAGUCCCAGAUCAGCACGAGACACAGACACGCCCUUGCUCAACGCCCACGACCGCGAACCCUCGACCCCACCCGCGCGGCAGCCGGUCAAACCGCAGUACACACCACGACUCGUACUUGCUGGUCACCAGAAGCCCAUAUCUCAAGCGCGCAUAUCGCCGGAUGGCCGAUGGAUCGCGUCAUCUUCGGCCGACGGCACCAUCCGGAUAUGGGACGCCGUCACGGGACGGCACAUGGACACGCUGGUGGGCCACAUGGCGGGCGUGUCGGCCAUCGCCUGGUCGCCCGACAGCAAGACGCUGGCGUCGGGGUCCGACGACAAGGCCAUCCGCCUGUGGGACCGCGUGACGGGGAAGCCGACGAGGGCGAAGCCGCUGAUGGGCCAUCACAACUACGUUUACUGUCUUGCCUUCUCGCCCAAGGGAAACAUACUGGCCAGCGGGAGCUAUGACGAGGCCGUGUUCCUGUGGGAUGUGAGGGCGGGGAGGCUGAUGAGGAGUCUUCCGGCGCAUAGUGAUCCUGUCAGCGGCAUCGACUUCUGCCGGGACGGGACGCUGGUGGUCAGUUGCAGCACGGAUGGGUUGACGCGAAUAUGGGACACGUCGACAGGCCAGUGCCUGCGCACCAUGGUGCACGAGGAUAACCCGCCCGUCACGUCGGUGUGCUUCGCGCCGAACGGGCGGUACGUGCUGGCCUUCAGCAUGGACUCCUGUCUGCGCCUAUGGGACUACGUGUCGGGCACGGUCAAGAAGACGUACCAGGGCCACCGCAACGCCGGGUUCAGCAUCGGCGGCUGCUUCGGCACCGUCGACGACCGGGCCUUCAUAGCGGCCGCCAGCGAGGACGGCGACGUCGUGCUGUGGGACGUGAAAACGAAGGAGGUCGUGCAGCGCAUCGAGCGCGCCCACGACGGCGUCUGCUUCUGGGUCGACGUCUGUGGCGAUACUAUGGUCAGCGCGGGUCAGGACGGCAAGAUUAAGGUGUAUAGACAUCGCGGCUCCGAUGCCGAUGUGGAUGAUGCGGUUGGGAAAGUCAACGGGGUCGUGGCGCCUGAGGAGGACGGUGCGGUCGCUGACGAGGACACGGCUAUGGGUAAUGCGGAGCUGGAACUGAUGCCCAGUCAGGAUGGCGACAUGGUGCCUGAAACCGGAGAGUCACCUCUGAAGGAUGAGGAUAUCAAGAAAGAGGAAUGA